CCAUCAUGCGCCCACUCACUGAUACCGAGACGAAAACGCUUUUCGAGAAGCUCGCCAACUAUACCGGCAAAUCGCUGAACAAUCUACUCACGGAUACGGUCACCAACGGCAAGAUCAGCGAUCGUUAUGUCUUCCGAGUGCAAAAAGACCGCGUCUACUAUGUACGCGAAUCGCUUGCGAACCUGGCCACCUCGGUCGCGCGAGACUCUCUCCUGAGUUUGGGAACAUGCUUGGGAAAGUUCACAAAGACGGGCAAAUUCAGACUGCACAUUACAGCACUAGACGUGAUCGCGCCGCAUGCACGAUACAAGGUCUGGGUCAAGGCGAAUGGAGAAAUGCCAUUUUUGUACGGCGGCCACGUUGUGAAGGCACAUGUGGGAAGAUGGAGUGAAGAUGCGCCCGAGCAUGCGGGAGCUGUAGUUCUCAGCAUGAACGACGUGCCGUUGGGCUUUGGGGUAACAGCGAGAAGUACGGGCGACGCGAGAAAGCUGGACCCUACAGGCAUUGUGCUCUUCAGGCAAGCUGAUGCAGGCGAGUACCUGAGAGAGGAGGAUACCUUAUUCACGACCUGAACGAUGGCCCAUGCAGAGGUGAGCUGGUUGUUGAAGUCACACCGAUUCAAGCAUAGCGUGUUGAGGUCUGCAGUAUAUGCUAGACAACAUGGCCACUACGAAGAUGGCUCUGUCAAGCGGGCCGAGGGGUUUCGAAGCUCGUGAGCAUUCCCAAGACUCGCUUAUCGCGACGCCAAUCGCGGUGAGAGAGAGAGAGAGCAGUACGGCCGUGGAGCGUGUGCGGCCGACGAAGCCGAGCGGAUGCUGUUCAAUGGAACGAGAGUGUGCAUUUGCAAUCAGAGCUGUCUUGUUCGACUAGUUACACGACUCACACCGUCGAAGUUCUCAUGCCGAUGACCGUCAAUCAUAGCACAGCAGAUGGAACAGCAGACGGAACAGCGUAUAGAUGAUUCAGUCACCCGUAACUGAACCAAGAUCUUGGGUCAGGCUGCUUGCCAUGUCGUAUUAUCCGACAUGCUUCCGCUCGCAACUUAUGCAGCUUUCAUAACUCUUGGAUCUUCUCUUCUUUUGGGAGACGGGAGCGCUUCCUUCCAUGUCAUCGCUACUUCGCGAAGAACAGGCUGUACAUCGAGUACAUGGGGCGUUCAAGUGAUGUGUUUCUCCAAUUCUUCGAGGAAAAUGUUGUUGACGGCAAUUGUGGCAUUGGGGGCUCUGGCGUUAGGAUGAACAGACGUGCUAAAUCCACGAACACGAAAAGUAGGUGAGGUACGUUAGUACCAGGUAUAGUACAUAGGUAAUACCUCACGAAGGAUGACAUAACCUCACGAGAAUCGCAA